AUGCCCUUUGCGCCGCGCUGCCUUCGUCCGCGAGGUUUAAACGCGUCUUUACGUGGUGUGUUCUCAUUUCGCAUGGGGAUGUUUUUGCCGAUCACCGCGAACUACGGUGGUGCUUGGGUUUACGACUGUAGCUCCUGCUGUUAUAGCAAACGGUGUUUUUGGAAUUUCUUCUCAACACGUGGCGGCGGUAAUGAGGCUGCUGCACAGACGGCCAACGCUGUGCAGCAUCAAAGCAUCGUCGAUAAGGCACAUCGGGAUGCGUCGCUGCAUAACGAGCGACUUCUGGACGCGUGCCUCGAUCUCUUGGCACUCUGCAGGGGCGAGGGCACGGACCGCGGCUCCACGGACGCCGUGACUGCGGUGGUGGAGGCAACCCUGCAUGACGUUCGAAAAACACCAUCUGAGCAGUUCGACCUCGUCUACGCCGCCCUCUGUUUACCGAUAGCCACAACCAAUCGCCAGGUGUACCGUUGUCUGAUGGUGGUUCUUGAAGCCUUUCUGCCCGAAGUUCUCUUUCGCAUCUUUGAGAGCGAGGAUUUGAUCGUGGUAGGCCCCGACGGUGCCUCGCGACGCAGCGCCCUGCUUCGCUUUGUGCACGCGCUGCUCGGUCAGGCAAACGUCCCGGACGGGGUUGAGAAUGAGGAGGUGGUGCUUGUGUACCUGGACGACGUCAGCGCCCUGUUCCCGUCACUCCGACGUAAUCCAGCCUUUCUUGAAUUAGAGGCAAAUGCCACCUGUAUUGCCAUGAAGGCGAGACUCUUUGCGUUGCUCUCGCAGCUGUGUGCGGAGUUUGACACGGCGGGCACAGGCAAAGUGGAUCUGGCCGAGCUGCAGGCCACGUCUCAGCGGGUACUGGGGGAAGUGAAGGCCCGCAUGUUGCUUGAUGGGGCUCAGCCAGACAAGGACGGCAAAAUACGGUACACCCAACUCACCUCCCUCUUGACACGCCCACCACCUCGGCCGAAGUAG